CUGGAGAGGACAGUCGCGCUACCAGCAACCUGCAGGAGGAAAACGCUUUGCUGUGGUUGAUGAGUAUACACGCGCAACACUUUAUUCGGACACUGGAUUUUUUGUUACCUAAUUUUGCAAGCAAUUAGACUUAAAUAGUAAUAAAAACUGUGCGUACGAUCGAGGCAUAUAGAACCAAGAAAGAGCUGCAAAGCUUGUUGCGGUGGAUCUACUUCGCUGCUUAUGAGAGAAGUGAGCCGCUCAUCGCAUCAUUCUGGACAGCCACAUUCAAACUGAGAAGAAAUGGGAGAUGAUUAGGCAGUGGGAGUCUUCGGCUUAACAAAGAACAUAGAUGAAUAUCUGCCAUGCUACAUGGGAAGGCUCAGCACUCCACCCUACUCUUGUUCUUCAUCACCGUCAUCACCGUUGCCUUAGUCCAUGGUCACUCUUACCCAAGUUUUUCCCGUGAUGACACAGAAUUCCAGCACCUGGUGCUCCAUCCAGACCCAUCCAUUGGUAAAGUCUAUGUGGGGGCCAGAGACCACCUGUUUCAGCUAGAUGGAUUAGAUGGACUUCGGUUGGAGCAAGAGGAGAAGACCGGUCCUGUGAGUGACAGCAAAGACUGCAUCCCUCCUGUCACAGAGUCCAAUUGUCCCCAGGCCAGGAGAACCAGUAACCAUAACAAAUUACUGCUGGUGGAUCCGACGGGAUUGGAAUUGAUCACCUGCGGUAGUGUAUACCAAGGGACCUGCCAAAAACGGAGCCUGACCUCAAUCAGUGAGGUUCUUUUCUCCACAGAGAGGCCAAUGGACACUCAAUACGUGGCAGCCAAUGAUCCGUUGGUUUCAACCGUGGGGCUUGUGGUGGGGCUUCGGGGUGGGGAAACGUCUGUGAUGUAUGUGGGUAGGGGCUACACCGCCAGUCAGCCAGCUAUUUCCACACGACACCUUUCAUCAGAGCCUAUUUUUUCCUACGAGGAGACGGCAAAGCUUGCCGUAGCAGGUCGUCUGUCCGAAUACGACCACCAUUUCGUGACCACGUUCACACGGCGAACAUAUGUGUACUUCUUGUUUUACCGCCGAGACAUAAAGUCGUCAUCGAGGGAAUAUCAGACCUAUGCGGCCAGGGUUUGCCUCGAUGAUGCCUCUUACUAUUCCUACGUGGAAGUUCCUCUGGUUUGCCGAUCACCAUCUUCAAAUUCUAGAGUUUACAACCUUCUCCAAGCAGCCCAGGUGGGUCAAGGUACAGACAGGGAGGGUGAGGACUUGUUGGCAGUCUUCUCCACCCGUGUCAGCUCCACUAACCAAAAUUCCUUGGAUGGCUCAGCUCUGUGCAUCUUCCCUUUGGAUGCACUUGACAGACGCAUUGACUCCAUAAGGGAUCUGUGUUACACCCAAGACGGGAUGUUGGACGAUGGAAGAGAGGUGGCCUACAUAGAGUAUGAGGUCAAGUCUAGCUGCGCCAAAUUACUCAGGAAUACUCUUCAAGCAUAUCCCUGCGGCUCUGAUCACACUCCGAGUCCAAUGGCAAGCAGGGUGCCGGUAGUGGCCAAGGCUGUAUGGCAAACCUUUUCUACCCAUCUCACUGCUGUGGCUGUUAGCGUGAGGUACGACCACAGCAUUGCUUUCCUGGGAGACUCCAAAGGGACGCUUCACAAGGUGUAUCUGGGCCAAGAUGGCCAAGUGGAGGUGUAUGCCAAUGUGACUAUCCAGCCCAACUCCUCCAUUAACCGUGACCUCUUACUGGACCAGAAAGGCGCGCACAUCUACAUCAUGACCAAAGCUUCUGUAGAGAAGCGUCCUGUGGCAGAAUGUGGAGAUCAUCUGGACUGCCAGUCUUGUCUGUCUGCCAAUGACCCGUACUGUGGCUGGUGUGUCCUGGAGGGGCGGUGUGGACAACGUUGGGAGUGCCGGCGAGGGUCAGUCAAGGGGCAGUGGUUGUGGAGUUUCAACCGCACGCAGCAGUGCCUCAGCAUCCAGCAUCUCAACCUGUACAACAUCAGCCGCGGGGAGAAAACAAAUAUAACAGUGUCAGUUGAAAGACUACCUAGUUUAGGAGAAGGCGAGGCCUACUCUUGCUUCUUCCACGAUACAGAAACUCCUGCCUUGUUCACUAACACGGGUGUUGUAUGCCCCACCCCUGAUGCAAGUAAUCUACCCGCCAUUGGGCAUGGAGACGAGUUCGUGAUGGUGAUACUUUCCCUACGUUUUCUAAACGUAACGGUAGCAGAGACAGAAUUUACCUUGUACGACUGUGGCCUUGUGCAGAAGCUCUCUGAACGGAGGCCAUGUCAAGGGUGUGUUAGCAGUCGCUGGGGGUGUAACUGGUGUAUCCAUGAGCAUGUCUGCACCCACAGACACACCUGCAGCCAAGGAGUCACCAUCUACAAUCAAAAUUUCAAACCGCCGACACCCACCAUUCCACCACCCACCAGAAAACAGACUACUUUAACUGUGAUGACUCCGACAACAACAACAUCACCACCAACAACAGUGACAGUGACGCAGCUGCCACUCAGCAUGACUCCUGCUACGACCACUGCAGCUGCCACCGCAACGACAACCCUUACCGCUCUUAACAGCGAGUCCACGGACACCACACACCACUUCAUCGGAACCUUCAACCAGGCCACCAGUCUACCCUCAGAUGCCAGCAUCACAGACAGCUUUGCCUUUGACAUGCUCACUACUACUGAUGGAAAUGUGGCCAGAACUAGACAUUUUUCAGCGGAGGAGACUGUUGAUUGGCUGAUAGAAAGUGGCGAGAACGCUGGCAACACGUCUAACACAACACUCCUUAGCAGUACAAUUGGGCCCGUAGACUCUGAAUUGGGCCUCUUAGAACCCUCCGGUGAGGCAGCAGGCGCUUCCUCUGGUAUAAGCUCAACCACAUCCGGUGGAGUUGCAACUUUGUCAGACAUUGCUGGCAGUGACUUGACUGAGGAAAUCUCAGUAAUAAGCUCUGAUGGGAGUAAUACUUCUCCAUGGGAGUGGGAGAGGCCCGAGGGUGGAGUAGACAGGGACAGCGUCCCCUUUUUUCUGACAGGUGCAAAUGAAAAUGUCACCUUCACACAGUCACCUGACGUGAUUUUUGAGCCCAACUCUGACUCUGAUGAAAAAUACCAGGCAGAUUCCUCUCUUUAUUACUUAAUGGACUGUCCUUGCGUGGAGAAAGUUCAGGACUCCUUCCCCCUUCCUGUCAAUGUUGAAAGGAAGAUUACACUAGUGGGACAACACCUCAACCUGUUUCAGGAUGAAAAUCUGGACUACGAGUGCGUGCUGGAUGUUGAGAAUCAGUCAGUAGUGGUUGAAGCGUCUGUGGAACCGGAUGCCAAGCAGCCCUCAGUUUUUUUGAUAACCUGCAAACCACAUCAGUUUGCUUAUUCUGCUUUGAUGGAGGAAUACCCAGCCAUGAUCAACGUCAGAAGGAAAGAUAACUUUCUCAUUGACAGUGCUGAUGACCUUUUCGUGACUCUGUACAACUGUUCCGUGGGAAGAUCUGACUGUAGUCGAUGUCGUACGGCCGAUCCAAAGUACGGCUGCGUCUGGUGCGGGAGUUCUUCCACCUCCCGCUGCGUCUACCAUGGGUCCUGCACCGAUGAUGUCAAACACACUUGUCCUGCCCCUGUCAUUCAUUUUUUGGAUCCUGUGUCCGGCCCUGUCGAGGGGGGAACCUUGGUGACUAUUUCAGGCUCCAAUCUUGGCCAGAGGGCUGAAGACAUCCUCAACUCUGUCACACUUGCUGAGGUUCCCUGCAGUGUCAUCCACAGCAGAUAUGAGAUCUCCUCAAGGAUAGUGUGUGAGACCACAAGCAGCAGGGGAGAGAAGAGGGGACAGGCCUCUGUCAAAGUAAGGGGAGGAGGACUUGGUGUGUCUGGCCAGACCUUCAGCUUUCAGGAUCCCAUACUGAGCGGUCUCUUCCCCCAGAGAGGGCCAAAAGCAGGGGGCUCCUCUGUCACUAUCAAAGGUCGCAGCCUUAAGACGGGCCACCCAAAUGAUGUCAGCGUCCUCAUCGGAGGAAUACCAUGUAUGGUGAUAAGCAUCGAGGAAGAUCAGAUCUGCUGUCUGACAAGAGGCAGUAACAGGACAGGCGAACAUGGCAUCAUAGUGCGAUUUGGAGGCGCUGAACGCCACCUACAGGGUUUUGUUUAUCACUACACGCCCAACCCCAACAUUUCCUGGGCCACACCGUCCAAAAGUUUUCUCAGUGGAGGCAGAAUCAUCAGAGUGUCCGGUCAAAACCUUGAUGUGGUUCAAGACCCCAAAAUUCGGGUCACGCUCAGCCCGCCUGAUUCUCUCCCUCCCAGGAGGAGGCGUAGCACAGGUCGGUUGAAAGACGGACAAGAUAAAAAGACGCCUCUCAAGCGACGACGGAGGAUCAUCCCAGAGGCGGACUGCUCUCACGGUGCACUUUGCCAUGUGAAGCAGUACGAAUCCCACUGUGCAGUGAACAGUUCCUCCCUCAUCUUGUGCCCGACGCCGGCUGUAGGACCGGAAGCCAGGAGAGCUAGGGUCAAAGUUCAUUUCCUGCUGGACAGUCUUCAUUUUGACUUCAACACUGUGGGCAGUGAAGCGUUCAGCUAUGAGCCCAACCCAAAGCUGUACAUGCUGAAUCGCAAUGACCCCGACAAACCGUACCACCACAAACCUGGCAGCAUCAUCUCUGUUGAGGGAGAGAAUCUGGACCUGGCCAUCCAAAAACAUGAGGUCCAAGCUCGGAUCGGGGACGGCGUAUGUUCAGUGAAAACCCUGACCCAUAACCAUUUAUACUGUGAACCGCCAGCCAAGCAGCCAUCAGUACGCAGCAGCCAGAAAAUGGAGGUUAUGGACGGUCUGCCUGAGUUCACUGUCAAAAUGGGGAACAUGAAUUUCUCCUUGGGUAGGGUUCAGUAUGACAGCCAUGCCAUGUCCAUAUUUCCCUUGGAGGCCCAAGUGGGAGUAGGGGUGGGAGCCUCAAUAGUGGUUCUCAUUGUGCUCAUAAUCGUCCUCAUUUACAGGAAGAAGAGCAAACAGGCCAUGAGGGACUAUAAAAAAGUCCAGAUCCAGUUGGAGAAUCUGGAGACCAGUGUGCGAGACCGCUGCAAGAAGGAGUUCACAGACUUAAUGACCGAGAUGAUGGACAUGUCCAGUGAUUUGGUGGGAUCGGGGAUUCCCUUCCUGGAAUACAAGGCCUAUGCAGAGCGCAUUUUCUUCCCAGGCCACCAGGAGUCACCACUGAGACAAGAUUUGGAUGUCCCGGAGAGCCGGAGGCAAACUGUUGAACAAGGGCUUGUUCAACUGUCUAAUCUGCUCAACAGUAAAUUGUUUCUCACCAAGUUUAUUCACACACUGGAAGCCCAGCAGACCUUUUCUCCAAGGGACCGGGCCUAUGUGGCCUCUCUGUUGACUGUGGCCCUCCAUGGUAAACUGGAGUACUUCACAGACAUCCUGAAGACUCUACUUAAUGAUCUGGUGGAACAGUAUGUGGCGAAAAACCCCAAGCUCAUGCUUAGGAGAACUGAAUCUGUGGUUGAGAAGCUCUUGACAAACUGGAUGUCCAUUUGCUUGUUCAACUUCUUGCGGGAAUCAGCAGGGGAGUCGUUCUACAUGCUGUUCCGGGCAAUAAAGCACCAAGUGGACAAGGGACCCGUGGAUGCUGUGACAGGAAAAGCCAAGUACACUUUGAAUGACAACCGGCUGUUGCGAGAGGAUGUCGAGUACCGCACCUUGACCCUAAAUGUUGUCAUGCCAGCGGCUGCUGCCAGUGGCGGAGCGUCAACUCCCACGUUGCCCGCCAAGGUCUUGGACUGUGACACCAUCUCCCAAGUCAAGGAGAAACUUUUGGACCAAACUUGGAAGGGGACAUCCAUCUCCCGGAGACCACAUGCUGACUCCUUACACCUUGAGUGGCGCUCUGGUGUGGCAGGUCACCUAAUCCUGUCAGAUGAGGAUCUCACAUCGGUCGUGCAGGGCUUGUGGAAGCGCCUCAAUACUUUACAACACUAUAAGGUCCCUGAUGGAGCUACUGUCGCCCUCAUCCCCAGAAGCACUAAAAACCACCUCCAUGACAGCCAAGAUUACAUGCCUGGAGAGAAGACUCCUAUGCUGGAUGAUGGUGAAGACGGCGGCGUUAAACUGUGGCAUUUGGUAAAAGCCAGCGAGGAAUCGGAGCUGCCCAAACACAGAAGGGGCAGCAUGAGGGAGAAGGGCGGUGAGCGAGCCAAGGCCAUCCCUGAAAUUUACCUCACGCGACUCCUCUCCAUGAAGGGCACACUGCAGAAGUUUGUGGAUGAUUUAUUCACAGCAAUUCUCAGCACCAGUCGUCCCGUCCCUUUGGCUGUCAAAUACUUUUUUGACUUGUUGGAUGAACAGGCCCUGCAGCACAACAUCACCGACCCGGAAACUAUCCAUAUCUGGAAAACCAACAGCUUACCGCUGCGAUUUUGGAUCAACAUCUUAAAAAAUCCGCAGUUCAUCUUCAACGUGCAAACCUCAGACCACGUGGACGCUGUGCUGUUUGUCAUCGCUCAGACUUUUAUGGACUCCUGCACAAUUGCUGACCACAAACUAGGACGGGACUCCCCCAUCAACAAGUUGCUCUAUGCCAGAGACAUCCCGCGCUACAAACAGAUGGUUGAGAGGUACUACGCCGACAUCCGCCAGACUAUCUCAGCAAGUGACCAGGAGAUGAACUCAGCUCUGGCAGAGCUCUCCCGUAACUAUGCCGGUGAGGUCAACUUCCUGGUGGCUUUGCAUGAGCUGUACAAGUACAUCAACAAGUAUUACGACCAAAUUAUCUCAGCCCUUGAGGAGGACUGCACAGCCCAGAAGAUGCAGCUUGGUUACAGAUUGCAACAGAUUGCUGCCGCCGUUGAGAACAAAGUCACAGACCUAUGACCAAACAGCCAGAUACGUUUUCCCCUUUACCCACAAAGACUUUGAAGGGAAAUUAUCCCACCUCUUGAAAAGCAGAACAUUUUUUUACACAAACAAAAUGUGGAGCAUUUGAGAAAGGGAAACAGUACGGAAGGAUGUUAUCUUCCCUUGGUGGCUUUUAACAAGAAACCACACAGAACAUUCCUAAAAAUGUACAAAGUACAUGCUUUAGUCCUCAGAUGACACAGUAGAUGAAGAAAAGGGCAAAAAGGUGUGAGAGUACUUGACUUGAAUGCCUAGUCCAGCUGUUAUAAAUGUCUUAACAAAAACACAUUAACCUUUGAUGGAAAUUGUCCUAGACAAAUGUGCUUCUAGUUUCCUUCAGUUAUUCUUUCAAGUCUUACUUAAUUCAUUGUGGACCCAAUUACCACCAGUUCUUAUUGGCUAUACUGUGCUCUAGUUAUUGUCACAUUUGUUUCACAGAAAAGUUAGUUUUUACUCCAAAAUAGAUCCGUCCAACAUGUUAUCUGUAUUUGGGCCUCCCCUUCUCGGAAAUUGGUAAUAACAAGAUACAUGCAUCCUUAAAAAGUCACUAAUCAAUUCCUAUUAUUGGUGCCUAUGAACAAGAUAAUUUUUUGUUUCUUUUGUUGUUAAGGAAGGCGGCUUUUUUUUUUUUUACUAACAUAAGGAGUUCAAGCAAAUGCCAAUCGCUGUUUUUUUUUUUCAUUGUGUCAUUCAAACAUUUGUGACUUGAUUGACAGGCAUGACAAAGACAGCUUUUUGGUGUUGCUGUGAGCAUCCUUACAUUAGCAUUUAACACCUCUGUUCCAAAGUAUAGGCUCACUGAGCCGUUACUGAAGCUUUGAUCCACUCAGUUUUGUUCAUAAUUAUUUUGGCCAUUUAUCAUAUCAUCAAGUUCUUUGCAACAUUCAUCUAGGUUUUUUUCUAUAAACUAAACUGGAUUAAGAAAAAUGUGUAUAUAAAACCUGUCCCCACAGAACAGCUCAUUUUACAUCUUAUGUUAGCUCACUGAAGGUACCUUUGUUCGUCUAUGAACCAUGUUGCUUUUAAGUUUUUAAUUUAUUUUUAUUUAUUGAAUAGCUUAUGUUGGUAAAUGUGGUUGAAUUUUGUCACCGAGGUACCCUUCCAAGUUAAUUGUAUUUUAUUUUUAUUUUCAAAACAAAAAAGAGAUAUAUUUUAGACAUUUGUUUGUUUUAAGAUGUGAGGUCUUGCUGUGAUUUAAACAAAAACAGCAAUUUUCACUUUAUGUGGUACUGAAUAAUAUUUCAAGUCCUGUUCAUGUACAUACACGUUAGUGUCGCUUGUAGCUUGAGUGCGGAUGCAAAAUCGCUGUUAAUUGUUGUGACAUUUUUUUCUGUAGUUGCACACUCUACCCAAGUAAUCUUGACCUAACAAUGGCUGAAUGUGCUGCAAUAAAGUGUUCCCGGUUCUAACAA